UGAUCAAAAAAAAAAAAAAAAGAGAGAGAGAAGAGCCUAGCCAUUACCCAACACCACAACAAAGCCUUCUCCUUAUUUAUCUUUAUAGUUUUCCAAGUCCGUGUAAGAAAAAAAUAAAAGGUUUGUUCCUUCUUUGGUGCAAACCAAAAAAAGGUAAAGAAUCUUUUUUCUUAUACGACGAUGAGGAUCCGGAAGCGACAAGUGCCUCUUCCUCUUUCGUCUCUCUUACCUGUUCCUCUCUCAGAUCUCUACUCUAACCGUUCCCCGACGGCCGCCGCUCGUUACUUUUACGGCCAAGACAUAGAUGGAGGAGGAGGAGGUUCUCCUUCUCUUCUUCAGCUUCCGACGCCGCCGCCUGAUAGGCUGAUUCAGAGAGAUGUGACGAGGAAGGAGGAGGACGAGGAGAAAGCUUUGGAUGAUGAUAAUGAUGUAGACGUGAAGAAGAGAUGUACAGUUGCAUCGGGCAGCAAGAAGUACGUUAAUCCCCAAGGAGAAUCCGACUCUUCAACACGAGUUACGUUGAGGAAGAGAAGAGGCUAUACAAGCUUCGAGGAGCAAGACGAGGAUGAGGAGGAAGAAGAAGAAGCUAAUAAAGGGAACAAGAAGAAGAAGAAGAAAGGGAUGAAAAAGAGCAGUAGUGUGUUAGAGGAAGGAUCAAGGUGCAGCCGCGUUAACGGUAGAGGAUGGAGAUGUUGUCAGCUAACUCUUUAUGGCUAUUCUCUCUGUGAGCAUCAUCUUGGUAAAGGAAGGGUGAGGAGCACGAACAAGAGUUCUGGCGGCCAGAAAAAGGAAGUGAAGAAUAAGAAGAAGAAGAGAGUGAAGCUUGGGAUGGUAAAGGCGCGUUCCAUAAGUAGUUUGCUUGGACAAACCAGCACAAGCAGUGGAGUUGCUAAUGUUGAGAGUGAGAUAAGUGCACCUGCUGAUGAUCAGUUUGAUGCUUAAUUAUGAUAAGUAAGUCUGUCGAUCAGAUAUGUAUAUGUUUAGGUACAUGAUGACUAGCUCUAUGUAUCAGGUGUGUGAACUGGUGAACAUUGUGUGUGUAGAUUGAUCGCGAUCUUAAUGUGGUUUGCUCAAGGUCAUAAAGUCAUAAUGAAAACAUUGUUAUUAAAAAAUCUCUAAGUAAUGAUGAAAAAAAUACUUAACUUUAA